UCUCUCUCUCACACACAUACACACUAGGAGGAAAGAGGUAGAGAGAGAAACAGUCGAGCACUGUAAUAUAUAGUGGGCUGUCCUUCUCAACCAAAAGCUAUAUCAUAAAUGAGCUAUAACCUAGCUUCCUGGAAUAUAUGUGGUUCCAUUCAUCUAUAUCAGCUUUAGCAUGAAUAGUUUCCCCACUGAUAUUUUGGGUUGUAAUACACACCCAUUCUUAUGUAUAUAUAUUUAGAUAAUUUUUUCCAGUUCAGUACAAUCAAUUUCAACAACAAGAUGAACUACAAUAAUCCUACUAAUUACAGUAGUACCACCGAUCCUUUUCCAGAAAAUGACAUCAAUUCCACUCCCCCUUUUAUAUUCCCCUUCCCCAAUUCCCCUCACAACAUGGAAUACGAAUACAAUUACGACGACCUCCAAUUCCUCGAUCUCUUCUCUCUCCACCAAUCCCAAUCCCAAUCCCAAUCCAGUACUAUCAUACUUACCAAUAUGCCCGAAAAUUCAAACAAUCAAGGGCAAGAGAUUCACCAACAAAUUCCAAAUAGUACCGUUGCUACGACAACGACAACGGUUAAGAAGAAGAAGAAAGACAGGCACAGCAAGAUCGAGACGGCGCGUGGGCCACGCGACAGGCGGAUGAGGCUAUCUCUGGAGGUCGCUAGAAAGUUCUUCGACCUCCAGGACUUGCUCGGGUACGACAAAGCGAGCCGAACCGUCGAGUGGCUGCUCCGGAGCUCGAAUUCCGCCAUUAGAGAUCUCUCCGUCGAUAGUAAUCGCAGAAGCUGCUCUACCCUAGUUACGGUAACGGGUGGUGCCGCCGCUACUAACAGUAAUACUACUGCCUCGUCCACAAUGGGCGAAGAGGAAGUUGUUUCGAAUUCGUCAAAGAAACCGAAACCGAAAGCGAAAAAGAAAAUUAGGUCAACUGUACCGAGAGAGUCGAGGAGAAAGGCGAGAGAGAGGGCUAGAGAGAGAACAAGUCAAAAAAGACGGCUGAGUACUGAAACUACUGUACCAUUAACUAUUGCUCAAGAUUUGAGCUCGGUUCUUGGUAAUUCACAUCAGAAUCAGCAGAUUGGGGAGUUUGAGUUGUGCGCAUGGGAUGCAUACAACAGUUCUAAUUAAAUAAUCUAUCUUGUUGUAUAUUUAAUUGCAUGAUUAACUUGUGUUUAAAUUGUGGUUGAUUAAUUAAUUAGGUUCUUAUGCUUGAUUGA